CUCCCGCUGAAGUCGUCGCGCCCUUCGCCUCCCACCACUGCCGCGCCAUCACGCUCCCCCUGUCGCAUCCCUGUCGCCUCCCUCCACCCCAUUUCGCUGCCAUCUCUCUCCCGUCGUCCUCCUCUGUCGCUGCGCUCAUCCACUGCUGCCGCCUCCACAGAAAUCGCCGGAGCGAGUCUGAUUAGAGGAUUUCAUCCGGAAAAAGUCUGCCGGUCAGAGAAAGUUUGGCGAUUGGAGCGAAGAGGCUGCUAG